ACGCAGGGAACAUGGCGGUGUCCUCGAGCGGCCUAAGUGGCUUUUCGGGUCUGGGGCCCGAUGUCGGGGACUUCUUGGCCAGGUAUCGCCAGGUGUUGAACAAGCUGAAGAAGCGGUUCCUGCGGAAGCCGAACGUGGCGGAGGCCGGCGAGCAGUUCGGACAGAUGGGCCGCGAGCUGCGUGCUCAGGAGUGCCUGCCAUACGCGGCCUGGUGCCAGCUGGCGGUUGCGCGCUGCCAUCAGGCGCUCUUCCACGGGCCCGGGGAAGCUCUGGCGCUCACGGAGGCCGCCCGCCUCUUCCUGCGGCAGGAGCUCGAUGCGCGCCAGCGCCUCGUCUGCCCCGCCGCCUACGGGGAGCCGCUGCAGGCUGCUGCCAGCGCCCUGGGUGCCGCUGUGCGCCUGCACCUUGAGUUGGGGCAGCCGGCCGCCGCCGCCGCCCUCUGCCUCGAGCUGGCUGCCGCCCUGCGCGACCUGGGUCAGCCGGCCGCCGCCGCCGGCCACUUCCAGCGCGCAGCCCAGCUGCAGCUGUCCCAGCUGCCCUUGGCCGCGCUGCAGGCGCUUGGCGACGCCGCCUCCUGCCAGCUGCUGGCGCGCGACUACAAUGGCGCCUUAGGAGUCUUCACGCGCAUGCAGCGCCUGGCGCAGGAGCAUGGCAGCCAUCCGGUGCGGCCGCCGCCCCCGCUCCAGUUCAAGUCGCAUCCACAGCUGCAGCUGCAGUCGCAGCUGCCAGGGCCUCGGGUCGGACGCGGCGCGACCGCAGUCAUGCCCGCCACCCUGCGCCCUCCGAUUGCUGGCUUUGAGGCCGCGACCUCUGGUGCCUUGCUGGGUGCCUUCUGGGAGAUGGUGGUUCGCUGUGAGGUGUCCCGCGUGCUGCUGCUGCUGCUGCUGCUCCUGCAACCACCGCCCGCCAAGCUCCUCCCGGAGCAUGCUCAUACCCUGGAGAAGUACUCCUGGGAGGCUCUCGACAGCCAUGGGCAGGAGACCAGUGGCCAGCUUCCCGAAGAGCUUUUCCUGCUGCUCCAGUCCUUGGUCAUGGCCACCCACGAGAAGGACAUGGAAGCCAUCAAAUCACUGCAGGUGGAGAUGUGGCCACUAUUGAGUGCCGAGCAGAACAACCUCCUUCACCUCAUUCUGCAAGAAACCAUCUCCCCCUCAGGGCAGGGGAUCUGA